CGAUGUCUACUGUGGUUCCGAGAAAAAAAGGCACAAAUAAUGGACGUAUCGCACAAAAAAAAUAUUUUCCGUUUAUAAUGGAGAGCGACAUGAGGCUAUUGAGCGCGAUCACGGGAGAAACGGUUUCAAUGUAAUUUGAGUCGAGUAGUCUAGUGUUUUGACGCGCAUAGAAAUGGCGGAUGUUAUAUUUAUCACGUAUUUCGUACUCUUGUUGACAUUCAGAUUAUGUACAGUUUACAUUGGUUUUCCAGGCGAAGGAGAUAUUAUUGCAUUACAGGAACAUGAUACUUCCUUUGACGAGGAACCAAAUUUGUCUGAACCAUUAGAUCAUAAUUUUGGCAGCAGUACAGUUGGCCAAAAGCGUCUUAAGUGCCAUAUAUGUGAUGAUGCCGAAUGUUUGCCACCUCGCAUCUGUGAAAAUGCAAUCACUUGUUGGAAAUCUAGGGUAAGAGAGGAAGAUGGCACAGAAUAUGUUAGCCGUGGUUGUUAUACAACUGAAGAUCAUAAGAAGUUUAUGUGUAACAGAGAAGAAAAUGUCGAACAUGCAGAGGAACGUAUUAGAAACCUACGAGGUGGUGUUCAAUACUCUGUAGAAUGUUGCCAAGAAGACUUUUGUAAUGUUGGACCAUAUCCUGUAUUGCACGAUUAUUCAAACAAUUCCAACAGAGAAUAUUACGUACUGAAAUUAACGUUCGCAAUACUUGGAUCUGUGGCUGGAUUAUUCAUCGCUGGAGGGUUCCUCUUAUGCCUAUUGACGCACCAGUUGCGAAGGAAAGAGUCAAUGGCGCCGCAUCAAAACGAGCUGAUGAUAGAUUCCGACAUCGAGCCUUCCAUGUUACAUUUCUCGUUUCCUUCCUCAACACCAUCCGCUUCUUAUCAUCCGCACGAGCUUAGAGCAACUGCCGCCGGUGAUAGUACGCUUAAAGAGUACUUAGAUGGUCGAAGUCUAACCAGUGGCUCCGGUUCUGGAUUGCCUUUGUUGGUGCAGAGAACCUUAGCCAAGCAAGUAGCUCUGGUAGAGUGUCUCAGUAAUGGUAACAGCAGUUUCGGUGGGGAAGUAUGGCGAGGUGUCUGGCAUGGCGAGAGUGUCGCUGUGAAGAUCUAUUUUUCACGGGAUGAAGCUGCCUGGGCACGAGAAACCGAGGUUUAUUCAGAACUUUUGCCGUCCAGACACGACAAUAUCCUAGGAUACGUUGGUAGUGAUAUGACCAGCAGGGGCAGUUGCACUCAACUAUGGCUGGUGACGCAUUAUCAUCCGCUCGGCUCGCUCUUCGAUCAUCUCAAUCGAUCGCCGCAUCCGUUAACGCAUCAUCAGACGCUCAAUAUCUGCGUUGGUAUCGCUAACGGUUUGCUUUAUCUGCAUACGGAGAUUCAUGGUACCAGAGGUAAGCCAGCCAUGGCCCACCGUAACCUCAAGUCGAAAAAUAUCCUGGUUAAAACCAACGGUGGCUGCGUGAUCGCCGAUUUCGCAUUAGCGACCACGCAGGAUCGCCUCUCGGCGGAAAGAGUCGACUUGCGGCAAGGAACGAAGCGUUACAUGAGCCCUGAGAUUCUUGAACAAACGAUGAACGUCGAAUGUUUAGAGAGUUUCAGACGAGCAGACGUCUAUAGUUUAGGACUGAUAUUGUGGGAGGUUUGUCUCAGAUGUAUAAGUAACGGCGUAGUUUUGGAGUACGCGAUGCCGUACAGCGAAUGGUUAUCAAGCAGUAAUCAAGAGCCCUCCGUAGAAGAAAUGCGUAAAUUAGUCGUGUUCGAUCAGCGAAGGCCACCUCUUCCGAAUAGGUGGCAUUCUGACCCGACAUUGGCUGGGAUGGGAAAAUUAAUGCGGGAGUGUUGGCAUGGCAAACCAGCAGCCAGGCUACCCAUUCUCAGGGUAAAGAAGACACUCGUUAAAUUAGCAGCUAGUGAUUCUCGUGUUCAUUUACCUCUCGACUGACCAGCGUUUUUUCACUUUACCGAACUCCUUUUCAUCUGUGUAUUUAUUACUGCUGCUUCAGCAACUUAUCAUGCACAUUAUAAGUUCGAUCAUCAUCAUUGAUAUCCAUACGUUAUCAAACUAUUAUAUCAGGAGAAAUAUGAAAAAAAAUAUCGUAUAUUGACAUAUCGAAGCAACGAUAUUAAUAAGUUUGUUAAUGUUUGGCAUAUGGAUUUUGUUGCGUUACGUUUUGCCAUUGUUAUAAUCCUGGAAUAAUGAUAGUUUAAGUAUACAAUUUUGCAGGGAUCAAAUCAUCCGAAAAUAUUGUUAACUCUAUGGUGCAGCCCUGAUUGUUCGUGAAAUUAUUAAAAAGAAAAUACGCGUAGAAACAUUUUACGUUGUAAUCUAUGUAAAGCAUACUAUGACAAUUUGACUUUCUUCGUUAUAAUUAAUUUCUUGCAGAAAUCACUGCUUUACAAUCGAUGUAUUUUUGUUUAGUGGUCGAAAUUUUUUAUUGGGUGUACGCUAUAUAUACGUAACGCUGUUAAGGUUCCUGUUCCCUCGCCGCGACUAUUUUCAUUAAUGACAUCGAGAAUGUGAGAAAAUAUAUUCUCAAAAUUUUUACAAAAUGUAAAAAGAAAUAAAUCUAAAUUAAUAAAAAUUGAUUUAAAAUAAAAUGUAUUAAUUAAUUAGUAAAGUAAUUCUACUUGUAAUUUCUUCUUGUAAUUAAUUGAGUUAAUCAUGAAAUUCAAUUAAAACAGAAAGUUUAAAAAAUAUAUAAAGUAAUCCAGAACUUUCCCUUUGUUUCGAUUUCUGAAUCAUUUAAAUCUGCGUAAUCGAUGAAAAGUAUCAUUUUAUGGAUUUUUUCUUCAACAUAUUUUGUAAGAACUUUGAAUUUAUAUUUUCUCGACUUUCUCAUGUCAUCGAUCAACAUGACCGCGCGGC